ACAGUUUAUACAGAAGUAAACCUACCUGUUAAGAUGAGGCCCAACACUAUAAGAUCGUCCUACUCCGUCCAAAAGUCCUGGAAUAGCAGGAGAAAAGGGGCUAUAAAGAAAGUUCACGAGCUAUUCCAAAUUUUUGGUGCCAAAGUCUCUAUAAUAAUCGAAAAGGAUGGAGAGCUAUUCUCGUACCAAUCCCACCUUGACCUUUCGGCGAUCACUCAUAGUUCGGUUAAAGCGGCAAAUAAAAUGACUCCCAAUGACUUUACCACGGUCGCGGAGAAACUCCGGCAAGACUCGCCGUCUCUAUCACGGCAAGAUACAUCGCAGUCUUUGUUGCAGCAUGGCUCAACGUCGGGCAAAUCCGGCACGACCUCGGCUUCUCACCUAGAGCCUAGCUCAACUCCUAUUAAUCCACCUCCACAACGACCACGGGCGCAUGCUUACUUUAACAUUCUGAAGGACUAAGGACACAAUGUAUUUAUUCUGUCUAUAUAAUUAAUGGAUAAAGACAUUGCUGGAGCAACCUAAUUUGGUCUAUCGUUUCCUUUGUUUGGCUGCAAGGCUAUUUUGUCC